AUGCCUCAAGAUAGUUUCUUGGAGACAACGCUCAGGAACGGAGAAAAGUGUUCUAUUUGUCGGAAAGUGUACGGUUUAGAAGGACGAAUUCCAAUCCUUCUCACUUGCAACCACUACUUCUGUCUUGAUUGCAUUACGAAGUGGAGUGCAGAACGUCGCACAUGUCCUCUCGACGGCUACCUUUUGUAUUGGGUUCCAGGACAUGAUAUCAGAGCGAUCUGGCAUCGCUUCAGCAUGGCCACAACACAACAGCACGUUGUGUUCGUCCAAACGCUUUGGGCGUUCUCAUUUUGUGCUGACCAACUUCGACCAGACGGUUUCGACAUUACACAACCCUCACUCGUCGUAGACGCGUCGCUCAAGACUCAUCUCAAGGUCCUGAUUUGGCAAGUGCUUCGAAUAACAUCUGAACAUAUAGUUGACCCCGAUGUAACCACCAUGCUCUUUCAACACUUCGAGCAUGACGAGGUGACAUAUGUACCGCUGUUGCGGCUCUUCAAGAUCAUGAUGGACGUUUUACAAGCCGGGUCCCGUCUGCUGCCGGAUCAUAUGGAUUUCAACACUGCUUGCUUAUGGUGGAAGGCCAACGCUUGCUUACCUGACAAUAUCAUCUUCAAGUGGGACACAAUCGAACGUAGCCUGAAGAUGUCAACUGAAGACGAAAAGGUAAUCAUGCGUUGGUUUACGGUAGUCCUUGCAGAAAACGUUCUCAAUCAUCCUAACUUGUGGUCGGGCGACCUGACCUCAUCGAAUCGAGCGCGUGUUGUCGAAUGGGGACUGCGGUUUCUUGGUUUUGAGUAUUCAGAGUCUCUUGUGCAACAGGUUGCUUCAGUUGCCCAGCGACUAAAGUACCAAGAUGAGGCAAACAGUACGAACGCCACAACAUUCGUUAGCCAGCUAUCUGCGAGAAGGUUAGUUGAUCUUUGGAGCCCGGAUCUCUCUCGGGAACCUGACAGGCAGAAGCGGAAGCGGAACCGCGACCAUGACUAUCGUCAUAGUGUUAUAAAGGGCGUGAAGUCCUGGUUUUCUCAUAUAUUCUGA